AGCCAGCCAACAAGCCGGUCAGCAACCGCCUCAUUGGAAUGACUUCACGCGGUAUAAUGAGCUGCAUUUCUCAUUCGAGUCAUUCUCUCGCACCGCCAUGAUUGCCCAGCAGGAUGACGAGGAGACACAUCUUCUGCAACGACCAGAGCAACCAACGGCCAAGACACCUCUUCCAUGGGAUCAAUUUUGGAUUCUACUGCUCUUGGAGAUGCCAGAUUUUAUUUCUUCUGGGACCCUUGCGCCGUUUAUUCCUCAACUCAUCAGAGACAUCGGAGUCACUCACGGGGACGAAACUCAGGUUGGACACUACGCAGGCAUCCUUCAAUCAUCAUACUACGCAGCUCAUACCCUCACCAUCUUUCAUUGGAGUCAACUAUCCGACCACAUCGGGCGGAAGCCUGUAAUACUGACAGCUCUGUCAGCAGUUAUUAUUUCGAUGUUUUCGUUUGGGCUGUCGAAGGCCUUCCUUGGUCUGGUGGUCAGGUCAGCAUGUCCAGUUAAAUGUCGAAUAGUAUCUGUGACCAUCAAUUCCUAUCUUGUUCUGCAGAUCUGCGUCGGCAGUACGUCUCUCCAUUGGGAGCAGAAGAUGCUAUUCGAAGAGUAG